CUGGAGAGGCGAGGGCGGGCGAAGCGGCGGGGAGGAAGCCGGGAGGGAGGCCCCGGAGGCCCUUGGGAGCCAAGCCUCGGCCUGCUGCUGGCCUGGCCGCCAGGACGCGGAAGCGGGAGCCGUGUGGCCCUCUCUCUCUCCUCGCCAGGGUCCUCGAGCAAAGCCAGGCGGGAGCUGCUCCCGAGGGAGCUGGACUUCGGAAGGACCAGGCGGCAGGCUGAAAUCUGCAGCCGGCGGAGGGUUUAGUUGAUCCUUGAAAGAUGUGCUGUAAAACAAACCGUAGGUUUUUGCUCCUUUAUGCGAGCCAGAAGGGUCAGGCAAAAGCUAUAGCUGAGGAAAUCUACCAUCAGGCCAAGGACAGUGGGCUUGAAGCAGAGCUUCACUGCAUCAGUGAGUCAGACAAGUAUAACUUGAAUAGCGAAAAGGACCCUGUGGUUAUUGUUACUUCAACUACGGGUACAGGAGAGCCGCCAGACACAGCAGUCAAGUUUGUUAAGGAAAUUAACGACAAAUCUCUGCCAUCUGACCACUUUUCCCAUUUACGAUACGGAUUGCUAGGCCUGGGAGACUCAGAAUACACAUUUUUCUGCAAUGGUGGGAAGAUAAUAGACAAACGAUUUCAGGAACUUGGAGCACAACGCUUUUAUGAGGUUGGACUCGCUGAUGAUGCUGUUGGUUUGGAACUGGUGGUUGAGCCUUGGAUUGCUGGACUUUGGCCAGCCCUCCACCAAGAAUUUGCAUCCAGAAAGAAAGAAAGAAACCACACUGACCAAUCUCCAUCUCUUUGUGCUGACGCAGUUUGUAACUCGUGCCUAAACUCCAGAAUAGAGCGUUUGAAGCUAGACGUUUCAGGUGUGAACAAUGAUCUCCUAGCAAAAGCAGUUACUAAGACAGAACUUCCUCUUGAAGGCUCUCAGCCUUCACUUUUCCACUCAGUUCCUCCACUUUCACAAUUGGCUCUUAAUGUUCCUGCUUUGCCACCAGAAUACCUAGAAGUGCACUUUCAAGAAAGCUCUGAGCAGGAUCCCAGCCUGUGUUGCGUUUCAGAGAGCUCCGUUUUCCAGGUUCCUGUCAUUAAGGCUGUUCAGCUUACUAGGGAUGAUGCAAUUAAAAGGACUUUGCUGGUGGAACUUGAUAUUUCUAAAACCACAUUUAGCUACCAGCCUGGAGAUGCCUUUAAUGUCAUUUGCCCUAAUCAUACCAAUGAGGUGGAAGAGCUUCUUCAUAUCUUGGGACUGUCAGAGAAGAAAGAUUACUUUGUUUGCUUAAAGGUUAAGGCAGGCACUAAAAAAAGAGGAGCAGCUGUGCCACACUAUAUACCUGAAAAGAGUACUGUGAAAUUUAUUCUGACGUGGUGUCUGGAAAUAAGAGCAGUUCUCAAAAAGGCAUUUUUGCGCUCUCUGGUAGAAUACACUACUGAUGCUGGAGAAAAAAGGAGACUGCUAGAGCUGUGUAGCAAACAAGGAUGCUCUGACUACAAUGCUUUCAUAAGGGAUGUUGGCGUCUGCUUGUUGGACUUACUCCGUGCUUUUCCAGCUUGCAAGCCUCCCCUAAGUCUUCUCCUUGAACAUCUUCCUAAAUUGCAAGCCAGGCCCUACUCGGCUGCAAGCUCCAGUUUAUUUCAGUCUGGAAAGAUGAGUUUCAUCUUUAAUGUUCUGGAGUUUCCCACCCAUGUGGGUGAACUGCGGAGAGGGGUGUGCACCGGCUGGCUGCUUCAGCUGGUUUCCCCAAUCCUUCAGUCAAGUACAAAAGCGGAGGAGCUCCUGAUUCCAAAGAUUGCUAUAUCUUCUCGUCCAGCCAACAUUUUUCACUUACCAGAGGAUCCAUCAAUUCCCUUUAUUAUGGUUGGUCCAGGAACUGGAAUUGCACCAUUUAUUGGUUUCCUGCAACAUAGACAGAAGCUCCAAGAAGAUCACAAAGACUGGACAUUUGGAGAGACAUGGUUGUUUUUUGGCUGUCGCCACCAGGUCAAAGAUUACCUCUUCCAAGAGGAGCUCAGGUGCUUUGCUGAAAGUGGCACAUUAACUCACCUGAAGGUUUCUUUCUCAAGAGACGCCCCAGCUGCGGUAGAAGCUGCCAUUCCUAAAUAUGUUCAAGAUAACCUUCGGCUUUACGGUAAAGAGGUUAGCAGUAUUCUGCUGCAGGAAAAAGGGUAUUUUUACGUCUGCGGAGAUGCAAAGAAUAUGGCUAAAGAUGUGAAUGAUGCUUUAGUAGAUAUCUUAAUUUCUGAGAGAGGAAUUGAUAAACUGGAAGCACUGAAGAUGCUUGCUCUGUUGAGAGAAGAAAAGAGAUAUUUGCAAGACAUCUGGGCCUAGUCCAUUUGGCAUUGAUGAUCUGGGGGAAGAGCUUUCGAUCUCUUUCAGCCAUGGAUAACCUUUUUAUGCAUCUGCUGGUCGGUGGUGACACAAGUCCUCUUGUCUGAUACCCAAUUGAUAUCAUCCUACUUCGCCUGCACCGUUGGAAUCACUCAUUUCAGAGAAACUUUGCACAAUGAAAGGAACUCUUCAGAUAUGCCAUCUGUCUGUGCCUUUUAAUUUGUAGGUAUUUUCUCAGCAAAAGUUGUCAGAUGGCUUGGAGUAAAUAUUCAAAGCAAUCCUACACGUGCUGGUCUUUCUCUUCUGCUGAUCUGGAGAUGCAUUCAAAAAUAAGGUAGUCUCUACCACUUCUGUCUGCUGCAGAUAUCUGCUUGGGCAACAGGGUUUUCUUAUUGACUGCCUCCUUAGAGAUCACCCGCCCAACUUUUGCACCUUAGGAUGGAGGUGGAAAUUGUACAGGAACCCAGUCUUUUAAAUAAAAAAAACUAUUUAUAGUUUAUUUAUUAGCCUUUUAAAGUGUUGAUACUUUGUAUCAAUUUCAAAUGAUUAACAGGACGAUCAUGAAAUAUCCUUACAGAAAAGAGAAUAGGAUUGCAGCCGUCACAUGACUCCAUAGAAGUUACAAACAAGGUGGACUGGCUUUAGAUCACUAUGAGAAAAGAUACUUAAACCACUAAUUUAAAUAAAGUUUCUCGCUUUGUAAUUAAUGAAUUACCUGAUGAGUAGAUACAGAUUAGUUGCUACAAGAAAACAGACCAGUUUACAGUUAAAGGGUUUACAGUAGUACCUCGGGUUACAAACGCUUCAGGUUACAGACUCUGCUAACCCAGAAAUAGUACCCCAGGUUAAGAACUUUGCUUCAGGAUGAGAACAGAAAUUGUGCUCUGGCGGUGCGGCGGCAGCAGGAGGCCCCGUUAGCUAAAGUGGUGCUUCAGGUUAAGAACAGUUUCAGGUUAAGAACGGACCUCCAGAACGAAUUAAGUUCGUAACCCAAAGUACCACUGUACAAUUAUAUGUUGCUCUAUGAGGAAUGUCUUUGCCGCUUGCCAGACAGACUAAUCCUUCCUCCUCCCUCUGCCUGCUGGAUGGAGGUUCUUCCGAUUCCCCUCCACAGAGCCAGUUGUCUUGGGGCAGGGAGAGAAUGGAGGACAGCUCCAUUGUGAAAGCAGAAGCCCUUGCACAAGGCUUGCUUGCACUGAUGGGACUUGCUAGGUGAAUCCUGCCCAAAGUCUUCCUAUUACCCAGGAGCAUAAUCCAAUACCUCUGCACAAUUCUAUCUGAGACAGUGGGAAAUGUCGGUUAAUGGGCUGCUUUUUGGCCUGACAUUCAGAUAGUGGAAUCCUCAACAAGAUCAUUGACUUGACAAUGUCCACAGUCCACAGUCCAGUUUAUUAGCUGUAAUGAGUUAUGGCUAAAUGCUCAGGAAUUUCCAGAGCCAAGGUUAGUAAUUGAUUAUUAUUACUGGCCAAAGGAGAAGAAAAGCAAAUUUUACAUUUAGUUAAGUCAGAUAUUUAUAAAUUUCUGUAAUAAUGCACAAGCUGUUUAACACUUGUUUCAGAAGUCAAAUAUUUCUCCCCAUAUUUUUUUCCCCUUGCAACCUUCAAUCAACCUUUGCUUCAGUGUCUUUGACAGAAGGUUGUGCAUUGAGUUUUAAGAGCUAAAUGGACAUCUGUCCUAAAUUUAAUUUAAUUUCAAAAUUAUUUUCGCAAAUUAUUUUCACUAUAGCAUCUGGAUGGGCUGUCAGGAUCCUGGAGUAAAGCUGCAAGUUCAACAAUGGACUUGCUUUUGGGCGCAAAUAAUUAUUCCAGUACAGUACACUAAUUUUCACCUCUGAAGUUGCAUCCACGGGGUCAUAUCCAGUGCUGGUGGCUCCACUUGCUCAGCAGAACCAAAUUGUUCCGUGUGCUUAGAACCAAGAGGCAGUGAAGCAUUCCACAGGGACACUAGAAUUUGGGGACAUCACUAAUGGUUGAGCGCUGGAAGAUUUAAGACAAUCAAAAGAAAGUAUUUCUUCCCAUAGUGCAUAGUUAAACUCUGGCAAUCUCCCACAAAAAGCAGCAAUAGCCACUCCUUUGAAAGAGAACUUUGGGGCUGCGAGGAGAGGAACACGACUCAUGCAAUGUUGGAUACGAGGCAUGGCUAUGGUUUUAAAUGCAAACAGUAUAAUUCCAAUUGUUUUGAUGGAAAUUGUUUUGAUGGAAAUUAGAGCAUAUGGGUGAUAAUGAUUUUAAAUCGUUGGGAGUUAAAUAUGUUGAAAUUGGAUUGAAACAUGCCCAGUGUUUGUGAGAAAGUGCAAACUGAUUUUAUUUUCAAUAAAUAUUUCAAAACUAAAACAGUUCUGAGUUUCUCUCAUCUUCUUUGAACUGUUUGACUGGGUUGCAAGGUUGUCCUUUGACCAGGAAGCAAGCAGACAAAGCAGAUUCUUCUUUUAACACUGGCUUGAAAUCCGCACAUAACAUUCUUUGUGGCAGAACAUUUUGAUGUUGAAAGCACAGGAGCAGUGCAAAAACUGGCAACUCGCUUGGAUCUACCUUGACACUUCCUAUAAUGAUUUCAAAUGUGAGUAACUUCUGAAGAUAUUAAGGGAACAGCUCAGUCACCCCUGCGAAGAAUUCUGUAGUUUCAUUUCCCUUUUUAGCAUUGCUCUUAAAAGUGUUGCUGACAGUCAGUUUAGGUGGUUUAUGGCUCU